GGUAAAAUGACAGCUCAACUAAAAACAGUAUUUUUUGUGGAUUUGAAGAUUUAAAAUAAGCAAACUGCAAUGGCAGUAUCAGAAACAAAUGCAGUUUUAUUGUUUACAUGUUUCUACCUAUUCUUUGCGGUACUUUUAGUAGCACCACCGACUGAGUUUAUUUCAGCCGGUCUCACAAUACAGAACGUGUUCUCAAAUAUACUCGGAAGUGAAGAUAUCAACUUUAUUUACUAUCAUAUAAGACGAACGUCAAUCACUUUAAUAUUUCACAGCUCUCUUCCACUAUGUUACUACAUUGUUCUCGGACUAUUUGCCCCAGAGCUGCAGCUGUUUACACCAUGGCUGGCACCUGCAGUUUUCCAGCUUCUUCUUGUAACAGCUAUUACCCUGACCAGUGCAGCAUGUCUUCUAGUCUUUUAUUGGUCCAGAAGUAAUUGGGACAAUCAUCCUAUAGCAAAAGAACUUGGUUACUUAGGUGAUGAAAACAGUACAUGGCGAGCAGUUGCUGCUUCUAUUAAUAUUGAAUUCAGGAGAAUAGACAAAUUUUCAUCUGGAAUUCCUACAGGACGUCGAGUGAUUGUGACAGAUUCUUGGGUCAUCAAAACAUCAACAUAUUUUGUUCAUGUUGCUCAUCAGAAUGAUAUUCAUUUAACACUGGCUGCCUCAGAAGAACAUAAUAUAUCAUAUGAAAACAUGACUUCUGUCCAGUUUGUUCACAUAGAUGUUGCAAGCAUAAAUCCAAAAAUAGCUCCUUUCAGUCUAAGAUUAAAUUCAUUAGACUACCGGGACUUGAAGGAGAAACUACAGGCUCCAGUGAGGAAUGCCAGAUGCAUUGUGAUACGUCAGUCAUUAAGUGAACAGUUUCUGCAGGCAUUUGCCGAGCAGGUCUCAUUAAAUCCAGUUUUUAUUCCACCAGAUGGAAUGGAAGUUGAUACAUGUAUUGGUUGUAUGCAGAAAGAGUCAGAUAUUAAACUACAAAAACAUUGCAGCGAGCAGGAUGUUGGAGAGUGUGUACAGUGCUAUUGUAGGCCUAUGUGGUGUUUAGAAUGUAUGGGUAAAUGGUUUGCCAGUAGACAGGACCAACAGAGACCAGAUACCUGGCUGUCUAGUAGAUCGCCAUGCCCCACAUGUAGGGCAGUUUUCUGUAUUCUAGAUGUGUGUAAAAUUUAACAGUUUGGAAAUAUUUCUGGUAUAAACUUUCCUUACUGUUCAAAACAGAAAAAGGGAUAGAUGGCUUUUGGCCCUGUUGAAAUGUGCCAUGAAAAUCUGUUCAUCUAAAACUGUUGGCAAAGUGUUAUUGCAAGAUAUUGUAAAAUCAGAAAUUUUCGCGAGGGAUUAGAAAUUUUGCUAAUUAAAGGGACUCCACCAAGGUUUUUUGACAUGAUGGGACUGAAAAUAACUUUUCCAGAUAAAUGUACCAUUUGAUGAAGGUUUAGACCAAUAAUCUAUGUGCAAAAUUUCAGAUAAUUCGCGCAAUUCGUUUUUUCCAGAAUAAUUAUUCAAAUCGUAAAAAUGACCCAAAAUGAAAAGCGUUUAAACGCUUUUCACUCAAAUCGGGCUAAGAAAAGCAUAAAGAUACGUUUUUCAAUUUUUUUCAAACUAUAUUUUUAACUAUCUUUGCAUAUAUUUCUGUUUAAAGUGUCCCAGCUCAUUUAUGUAAGAAAUUCAAAUGUUAUGUUUUUAGGCUUUGAAACCUCAGUGGAGUGAGUCCCUUUAAGAGAAUUUGAGAUUUUCGCAAAAAUAAAUGAUCAAGGAAUCAUAUUAACAUAACUAUAUUGACAGUAAAAAUUUGCAAAUAUUUAAUCUUGUAAAUUAGUCCUGGCUCCAAAAUUUUGGUAAUUCAAACAUACCUGAUGUUACAGCACAUGUGUACUAUCCCACACAUUGUAGUUUGGGCAUUUUUGAAACAAAAUAUCAGAAAAAGUUAAAAUUUAACCACAUGCUUGUACAGAUGAUUAAUACAUGUCCUGUUUGACGAAAAAAAACAUCUAAGUAAAGUUUUUGAAUUAUUAAUCAUACUGUAAUUUUAAAGUGUUGCAAUGUUUAUUCUUGUAAAUAUUGACUUAAAAUUAUAAACACACUUGGUAACUGGUUGCAUGUUCAUGGAUGGGAUAACUAGGGCCAAGUGAAGCAUAAUAACAGUUAAGCCACAGUUAUCUCAUGGAAAAUGCAAAGUUUACUCCUUUGCAUAUUUAGUAACUGUAAACAAAUAUGAGCCGCCUCAUGACAAAACCAACAUAAUGGGUUUGUGACCAGCAUGGAUCCAGACCAGCCUUUGCAUCCGCGCAGUCUGAUCAGGAUCCAUGCUGUUCACUUACCAACUCUAUUACAAGUAGAGAAACUGAUAGCGAACAGCAUGGAUCCUGAUCAGACUGCGUGUAUGCGCAGGCUGGUCUGGAUCCAUGCUGGUCGCAAACGCACUAUGUUGGUUUUGUCGUGACGCGGCUCAUAUAUUAAUGUAUUUUUAGUUUUGUGUGGGAGAGUAGCUUUCACAUCUCGAAUGAUAUGUACGAUAUGAAUACAAUUUAUAUGUGUGCAAUUUAUGUGAGUGUCUACAUGAAUUUAUUUAUAUCAUGAAUCAUAAACUGUAUUGUUACAAGAAUAUAAAAAAAUUUAAUGUUGAAAGAUUGUGUUGGAUUUGAUGACAAAUUGACGCCUUAUAUUUUAAAU